UUGCACGAUACGGAGCAAGUAAAGGUCGGGAGAGCCAUUUGUUGGGGUCUUUGACAUGGCGUGGUGGAAAGAAACGGCCGAGGACCCUUCUGCGCAUUGACAAUUCGCCGGCGAUGAGCAGCGGCGACCUCACUCCCCUCCAGAUGGUCUUGCUCAUCUUGAGCAGCACCUUCCUUUACACCUGGCGCUCCUCCCUCCCCCUCUCCUGGACACUCCGCAUCAUCUACAUCAACCUGCGAGCACGCUAUCUCGCCACUCCCUCCACCAAGACACCCUCUAAGAUCACUCGAUCCGAGCCGCAUCUCCUCCUCUCUCGCCUCCCCGCACCGGGCACUGACAUCUUCUCUGACGUCUUCACCUCGUCAACCUACGUAGCCACGAUAGACGAGUGCGACUUCAAUGGGCAUCUCAGCAACAGCUCCUACGCCAAGAGACUGGACUUUGCUCGCUCCGAGUUCGCUGGGCAGCGUUUCCUUCGCGGUGGGAUGGACGGAGCCUGGGUUGCUCUAGGCGGCACGAGCUUCAGAUAUCACAAGGAAAUCCCAAUCAAUGGGACGUACAGGGUCAGGAUGAGAAUUAGGGCGUGGGACGAGAAGUGGUGUUACAUGGAAUGCAACUUCGUGAGCAAGGACCGCAAGACGAGAAAGGAGGUCAUCAACUGCACAGCCAUUGCCAAGCUAUGCGUCAAGGCCGGACGCAAGACUAUCCCUCCCUGGCUCUUCUUCGCCCUCUGCGGCUAUGCUCCCUCGACUUCCACCAACCCAAAGCACAACUGGGUCCACGCCGAGGACCUGCGUGUCCAACUCAUGGCUGAGGCUCGUCGCAAGGCUGCAUCGAAGAAGCGUGCCAUCAAGCGUGACUCGUGGCUUCAUGGAGGUGGGUACGGUAAGGCUGCAGGCGUCCUCACGGCUUACGUCCCCGUGGCAGGCGCGAGAGGUAGUGAGGUGGCCAAGGAGGCUGUCGGGGAGCGACCGGAGUGGAUGGAGAAGAAGUGGUGGGAUGUCGAGGGAUGGGAGGAGCAAAGGGUCGAGGGACUCGAGAGCGUAGGCGAGAUGGGCUUGACCCACUGCUAGGCUCGCAAGCGACCAGGUGGGACGCCAGGGCGAAGACGCGAACCGCAUAGACUUAGAACAUACCUGUUCAUUGCUCCGACUAAUCGACAUUCUCUUCACGAUCACCAGCGUCGCUUCUUCCUUGUCG